UCAGACGAAGCUCGCAGCUCGCCGGCGGUGAAAAUUUGCAACCCUGUCGAGAGUAUUUUUGGUCAGAGAUAGGAGCAAAAGCGAGAUCCUCCGCUGGUCUCUCUCUCUCUCUCUCUUUUUCUCUUCACCCCCCGUCCUUCCCGUCUCGGAUAGACUCGAGUUUGUUUCAUCCAGAGCGACCCGCCGGAUUCGUUUUCAGACACGAUUCUUCCACAUCGCAACAUAGCACCGCGCUUGGGAAAUGUCCGAAAACAAGCCGAGUGAUGAGCCGAAGUUAUCCACGACGGAUCGGGUGGUGAAAUCCGUCCCUUUCCCGCCCAGCCACCGGCUCACAGUCAAAGAAGUGUUUGACAGCGAGGGGAAGCCCAAGGUGGACGUGCUGAAAGCCCACCUCACCAAGGAGGGCCGCGUGGAGGAAGGGGUGGCCCUGAGGCUCAUCGGAGAGGGUGCUGCCAUCUUGCGCUCAGAGAAGAACCUGCUCGACAUCGAGGCCCCCGUGACAGUUUGUGGAGACAUCCAUGGGCAGUUCUUUGACCUGAUGAAGCUGUUUGAAGUAGGAGGAUCACCAGCGUCAACGCGCUAUCUUUUCCUGGGGGACUAUGUUGACAGAGGGUAUUUCAGUAUUGAAUGUGUGCUGUACUUGUGGGCUUUGAAGGUCCUGUACCCCAAAACACUGUUUCUGCUGCGUGGGAACCAUGAAUGUAGACAUUUAACAGAGUAUUUCACAUUUAAGCAGGAAUGUAGAAUUAAGUAUUCAGAGCGGGUGUAUGACGCAUGUAUGGACGCCUUCGACUGCCUUCCAUUGGCUGCCCUUAUGAACCAGCAGUUCCUGUGUGUACAUGGAGGACUAUCCCCAGAAAUCACAAAUCUUGACGACAUCAGGAAACUAGACAGAUUUAAAGAGCCUCCUGCAUAUGGGCCAAUGUGUGAUCUUCUCUGGUCUGAUCCCCUGGAGGACUUUGGGAAUGAGAAGAGCCAGGAGCACUUCACACACAACACGGUGCGAGGCUGUUCCUAUUUCUACAGCUACCCCGCAGUCUGUGAUUUUCUACAACACAAUAAGUUAUUAUCUGUCAUCCGGGCCCACGAGGCACAGGAUGCUGGAUACCGCAUGUACAGAAAGAGUCAGACCACUGGCUUCCCAUCCCUAAUCACCAUCUUUUCAGCACCCAACUAUCUAGACGUCUACAACAACAAAGCGGCGGUGCUGAAGUAUGAGAACAAUGUGAUGAACAUCCGACAGUUCAACUGCUCGCCCCACCCCUACUGGCUCCCCAACUUUAUGGACGUAUUCACCUGGUCCCUGCCCUUUGUUGGCGAAAAGGUCACUGAGAUGCUGGUGAACGUAUUGAGCAUCUGCUCCAAUGACGAGCUGACGACCGACGAGGAGCUGGAUGGUGCAACAGCCUCUGCCCGUAAGGAGGUCAUCCGUAACAAGAUCCGCGCCAUCGGCAAGAUGGCCAGGGUGUUCUCUGUGCUCAGAGAGGAGAGCGAGAGUGUGCUGACUUUGAAGGGUCUUACCCCGACAGGCAUGCUACCCAGUGGAGUGCUAUCUGGUGGCAAGGAAAAGCUCCAGAAUGCCAUCAAGGGCUUCUCACCCCAGCACAAGAUCACCAGCUUCGAGGAGGCUAAAGGCCUGGACCGCAUCAACGAGAGGAUGCCGCCUCGGCGAGAUGCGCUGCCGUCCGACGCCAGCCUCAACUCCCUCAACAAGGCGCUGUCUUCGGAGAGCAACGGCACUGAUGCCAAAGGGAGCACCAGCAGCGGCGGGAACAUCCAGUGAAGGGCCACCUGGCGCCCCUGCCCCCCGCCCCCCUACCCCCUUUCAUUGUCUGAUGGGGCAGAGCCGACCUCAGUCCUCGUCUGAGCAUGCCACUGUGGAAAAAAGCGGCAAACAGAUGGAGUGGAGAGGUCUGGGCAAGGACAGGAGGGAGGGAGGGUGAGCAUUGGAAGGAGUUCAGGGUGGGGGAGGGGCUUAUGACACGUGUCAGGGCUGACAUCUCAUUUGCUAGCUUGGGAUUUGCCUUCAAGAAACUAUAUCUAUAUAUAUAGAUACAUCUAUAUAUAGAUAUAUCUAUAUAUAGAUGUAGAUAUAUAUAGAUGUAGAUACAUAUACAGAGUUCGUAAUCAGAUCUGCUAAAUUAUUCCUUGUUCACAUUUCUAAAUGGUCGCGAUAUAUGCUUGAUUGAUAUGAACGAGAGAGAAAUCGUAAAGAGGUUUGUUCCGUUUUUGUUUGUUGUUGUUUUUGUUUUUGUUUUGUUUUGGUCGACCGUCGCUCAUUUACACCGAAAUGGAAACUUGUGUAACUUCUUACUAACUAUUGUACGUUUACAAAAUACAGCACUAAAAAGGACAGAACAUGAGAUAAUGUUUUUAACAUAAGGGUGUACAAACUAAAUAAGGACUAUUUAUUGAUAACUUUUUUUUUUUUGCUACUCUUUUAAAAUAGCUCUGAAAUGAAUUAGGCAGUCUUAAAAAGAAUGUUGCAACGUUGUCAAAAAUGCCAAAUAAUAGAAAGUUCUAUGGUUUUGUACAGAUUAUGCUUACCUCAGGUUCCUUUGGUGUGUGUGCUUUGACCUGAUUUUUCUGUAUAAUGGCUAAAUAACUCGGUAAUGAAAUCCUAUUUUCUUGAGUUUCAUAACUGGAAUUUACAUUUACCUAUCUAUCAUUUGCAGAUAUGUUUAUUUUGUGUCCAUUGGGAAGGGGGGGGUAGAUUUAUUGUGGCUUGCUGGAUUUCUUGAGUGUUCAUUUUUUUCUUUUUAAGUAUGGCGAACAAAGUAAAAACAUAGAACCAAUAUUGUGUAAAAAAAAAAAACAAAAGGAAAAAAAACAAACAAUAAACUUAAAGUGUCUGCCUAUGCAUGUUUUAUAAAAUCAAAGAAAGGAAAAUGUAGAAAAUCUGAAUACCUGGGCUUCAACGGGCCCGUUUUCAAUUAUACUGCGCUUUAGUGAAACAUAUACUGGAGACUGCAUAUACCUGCAUAUUUUCAAUUAACACGAUGAUCAUGCUAUAUGCCUUCAACUUCUUUUGUAAUUGAAGCAUUUAACUAUAAGAUGGGAUGAGAAAUCAUAUUUUUAACCUGCACACCGUCCAAUUAUACGCAUGUUUGACAAUUCUCGUGAGGUGUGUGUGUGUGGUUACACGUGGAACUCAAAAUUGCAUGAUAGCUGUUAGUGUCAUAAUAACAGUUUAAUCGGUUCUGUUUAUGUUUUGUAAAUGUGCCACAGAAAGUGAAAUUUGAUUAAUAUAACUUAAUAUCAUUUGGAACUCUGCUUUGUAUAUCAGUUACAGGUUUGAUACUGCUCAAUACUUUAAAGAUGAAACGGAAAAGAAAAAAAACGUAGGAUCUUUUUUAAGAACUGCUUAAGUGCCCAAGUAAUUCACUACACGACAUGAAGCCUUGCUUUUGUAACUUAACUUCAAAACUGUUGGCAGAUGAGGCAUGCACUUGCAACUAUGAAAAAGUAUUUUAUAUAACUGUUAAAUAAAAAUGUGCAUGAAUUUCAACCUGGAAA